AUGGCAGCAGAAGAAACCAUGGUAGAGUUGAAGCCACAACCCAACAAGAAACAGAAAACUGGAGGAGAGAGAGAAGAUGAAAGGGACUUGCUGAGUUUGUUACCUGACGAUGUUCUUCUUCACAUUAUGCAUUUCAUGGACACAGAUACCGCAGUUCGAACCUCUUUCUUAUCCAAACGAUGGAACAACCUUUGGAAAUGUCUCAAAACUCUCUGUUUCCGACGCCGCGACUUCAACAACGUAGUCAGCUACAACCAAUUUAUCUACCACGUUGUCUCCCAGAGAGACACUUCCAUUCGUUUGAACCGUCUUGAUUUGGAAGCACGCAUCAUAGCACAAGAUCUUCUCAACCUUGUCGUUCCUCUUCUGCAUUCUGUGCCACAUUUGGGAAUCCAUCUCGAUCACAUAUCUUCUAAAAGAUUUUACUGUCUCAUACCUCAAAUUUUUGCUUCACACUCUCUCACAUCUCUCACUCUCGCUCUCGCAAACCAAUGCGUUCGUCGUGUCUUUAAGCUUCCACAUUCUCUAGAACUGCCAGCACUAAAAACCUUGAAUCUCACCAAUGUCUCUUUCACCGCAAGGGAUGAGUGCGCUGAACCCUUUUCGUCCUGUUUGUUGUUGAACAGUUUGGUCCUUGUGAGGUGUUCUUUGAGCAACCCUGCCAAAGUCCUCAGCAUAUCAAAUCCAAACCUUUCUCGUUUCACCAUGAAAAGGUACUCUGAAGUGAAGUACAAGAUUGUGCUUUCUACUCCGAAUCUCACCCAUUUUGCUAUCAAAAGUUCAAUAUUCUUUAGUGAAGUCUCCUCCACGUGUGAUCUUGCACUUCUUGAAGAAGCCAACAUCGACAUCACUUGGUCUGAUUCUCAUGCAAUCGUUCAUGGGUUGCUGAAAAUGUUAUCCUAUGCAAAGAUAUUGGCACUCUCUGAGUAUAUCCUUACAGUAAUACUAGACGGUCAGCUAUUUCGACCUCCAAGUAUUCCAAUUCCGUGCUUUGUUAGACUGGAGACAUUGACGGUGGAAAACAUUCAACAAGAAGCUUUCGUGAAGGAAUUAUUUCAGAACUCUGAACCGUUCUGA